UAUGACUUCCACUAAUCAGUGCCAAACUGACUGUCUUCUUGCGGUCCUAAGCAUGGAGAGUCCAUCGACCCCGGAAAACUACGGCAAGAAUCGUCGUGCCGAUCAGAAGCGACAGCCCAAGUCUUUGCCAAGACUCCGCGAGAUUGCUCCCUCCGCCCAACACUUCUGGAAAGACGACCUUGAUGAAUAUCUCACUCAGCAGGUCCGCGACAGAACCUAUGAUAGCACGAACGAUCGUAACCUACCAGCAAAUGAAAUCGAUGCAUUGGCGCUAAAUGAGAUAGCUGUAGCGCGAAAAGAAGGUUUCUUCUUCUUCUUACCUAGCCGAAGUAGUUGGAGCCGCCAAACCUUCAAUCCACCAAAUCGCGGCCCUUCUCCCGGUGACCUCAGUGCAUCUAUCCCAUCCCUGGUCUUCAUGCGCUAUACAUGGAGUACUGAAGGACAGACAAAGUUCAUGACUUCCCCUCAUCGUUCGAGAUACCUAGCUUGCGAUUUCCAGCUCAAUCCUCCACCAGCUCCGACCCCGCUAUACUGUAUCCAGGUUGUUUCAGGCCCCCGAUACCCAAUUUUUCGCACAGCACAUAAUUCAUUCAUAGUAAUCAGAUCAAAUCCGCUCUACUUUGGCACUAUAUCGGCGCUUGCGCCUAUCAUUGGUCAACCGCUACGCAAACGCAAAGGGCCGGACGCAGAACACAGAUUGGCCCAAGUAGAGGGCUGCUGGAAACAGAAGGGUGCAUCAGACCCUCGAUUUCGGGAACAUUCUCACGAGAAUCUCAGAAGCUUAUAUGAUGCUGUUAUUCGUGUUUGCCAUCCUACGGAUACGGAAUCUAGUAUGACCUCAGGAAAGCUAUGGCAACUUAUUCCACGCCCUUUGCAACCAGAAUUAGGUCUAGCAUUAGGACGUAAUCCUGAAGUUGUAUCAACACGCUCUCGAUUUGGAGGGCGUCUAAGUCGGCACCCACCUAAUGAGAGAAGUACGGAUCAAGCAGUUGACUUGUAA